AUGCAUACUUCAACAAUUGGGAUAUGGGCUUUGAUUGUUGGUGCUGCUGCUGCUAAGACCUGUUAUAAUGUAACAGUAGAGGUGCCUGUCACGGCUCGAAAUGGCGUGUUCGACAACAUUCGCACGCCCCAGACGAACUUUGACGCUACGUCCUUCGUCCUCUCCGCGACCAAGCAAGGGAGAAAUCUGACAGAAGCAGCCUUAUCUGGCUAUGCUACCGUGUCGGGCCACUACAAUAUUUCAACACAGUACUGUGUGCCGAAAAAUGCUGGGAACGCCGCCUACACGCUUCAGAUCCUCACUCAUGGAAUGGGGUUUGAUAAGUCAUAUUGGGAUUUACCAUACAACAACUAUAACUACUCCUAUGUGGAUUACGUCCUGUCUCGCGGAUACCACACACUCUCCUAUGACCGACUGGGCUUUGGCAAAUCUUCACAUGGCGACGCAAAGAACGAGAUCCAGGCAUUCCUGGAGAUCGAAGCCCUUGCUCAGUUAACCCGCAUAGUGCGCAACGGCAAAAUGCCCAAUAUCAAGAGCCCCGCCAAGAUCGUCCACGUCGGACAUUCAUUCGGGUCUGCCCAGACAGUUGCUUUGUCGGCAAUGUACCCCGAACUUUCCGAUGCGCUUGUGCUCACCGGGUACUCAACAAGCUGCGAUUAUAUGCCAAUGUUCCUCAGCGGCGCCAACUUCCAACAAGCCCGACUCAACGGCAAAAACUCAGACUACACAGCUGGGUACUUGACAAGCGCGGACCUCGGCAGCAAUGUAUACCUUUUCUUCUACCCACCCCAUUUCGACGUCGGUCUUCUGAAAUCCGCAGAAGAGAACAAGCAGCCCAUGACUAUCGGUGAACUGCUAACCAUCACUGGUUUACCGGCGCAGAGUAAUUUCACUGGUCCUGUUUAUGUCAUUGAUGGCGCGAACGAUGUACCAUUUUGCGGAGGAGACUGUUUGAAUACGGGUGGCAAAUCGUCGUCUAUUCCUGCUGGUGCGAAGAUGAUCUUCCCUUCGGCCAGUUCUUUCGCUGCCUACAUACAUCCCAACACUGGGCAUGCUAUUAAUCUACAUUAUAAUGCCACUGGCGCUUAUAAACAGAUUAAUGACUUCUUGGGGGCUCACGGGAUGAUAAAUAAGAGUCAUCAUCAUGAUCAUGCUCGUCAUCAUUAG